AAAUUGAAAUAAUGGAUCAGGAGCCAGAGAAGAAGCAACGGACCACAGAGCAAAUCACAUCAAAUAUGGGUAAGGAAAUGAUAUGUUCUGAGAUCUGCUCUAUAUAAUGAACUUUCCCUUCUCUUAUUUGUUCUUGUCUUCAACGGCGUCAAAUGUUCCAACUGCGGAGGCUGAGAUGAGUGAGAGGGUGGAGGAAUGUGCAAUUGGCGGAGAUAUUUUGGAAGAGAUAAUAAGUCACGUGCCGUUGGUGGAUCUUGUUUCCGCCAACAGCGUGGCGUCCUCGUGGCGCUCUGCAAUCUCCAGCUCCCUCCUUCGUCUCAACACUGUAAAGCCAUGGCUGAUGCUUCACUCCCAGUCCACUCGCUCUCCAUCCGCCGUCACCACACUCGCCUAUGAUCCACGGUCCCACCUCUGGAUGGAGGUCCAACAGCCCUGCUCCUUCUCCAACUCCUCCUCCUCAAUCCAUUACUUCUCUCUUCUUAGAUCCUCCCCCUCCUCCCUCCUCUACAUGCUCUCCGCCUCCAGAUUUGCCUUCUCCAUGGAUCCACUCCACCUCAACUGGCAAGUAGCCGCCCCACCCAUCGGGUGGCGCCCCGACCCUGUGGUUGCCGCGGUGGGCAACCAUAUAAUUGUGGCCGGUUCUGGAGCCUGCUGCGGCAUACAAGAUGAUGACACCAUUCCUCCCCUAGAAAUCUACGACACCACCACUGGCACGUGGGAGUGGUGCAACUCCAUGCCCACGGAGCUCAUGGACUCGGCGGCCUCCACUUGGCUGUCAGUUGCGGCGGACCAGAACAAAAUGUACGUGAGCGUGAAAAGGUCGGGCGUAACAUACUCGUUUGAUCCUCGGACAAAAACUUGGUGCGGACCGUACAACGUGCGUGGAGAUGAUGUGGAAAGCGUGUUCUUCUCGGUGAUUGGUUGUGGUGGAAAGGGUAUGAUAGUGGUGGGUUUGAGGGGAGAGGCGGAGGACGUGAGGAGCGUAGUGAUGUGGGAAUUAUUAGUGGAAACGGAGGGGCGGAGAGAUGAGUGGGAGAUGCCAUUCCAGCUGGUGGAGAAGCUGAAGGGCGAGAGUGAGUACAUGCCCUCCAUUCACUUGAAUGUGAUGGGAGAUUUUGUUUUUGUGCACAACCCUUUGGAGGCCAGGGAGGUCGUUGUGUGCGAGGUGAAGGAGGGAGCAUGCCGCUGGGGAAGCGUGACAGCCGCUGCCUUGGACCGCGACUCUUGCCGCUUCCGCAACCUGGUGGUGUCCUGCUCCAACGUAACCCUCCCAUACUUGGAACGCGCCCGGAACUCCACGCUUCUCACUCGGAACAAAACCCAUGCAUUUUAACACAUGAUUCAUUGCGUGGCCUGUAUCUCUCCACACUAUAAAUGAGGAGAUUUGGAGAGUAGAACUUACGACUUCUUACUGUUAUGAAAUCAAACAUGCAUUUGGUCAAAA